AUCAUCAAAUUUCAGAAUGGUGGGAAAGAGCAGCUUUAGAGCAAUAAUGAGAAGAUCAAUCUUCACAUUCCUCCAAAACUUCCACCGCUUCACCGCCGCACCAUCCCUCCUCCUCCUCCCCUACGCCGCCGCAACCCUCCUCUCCCACCCCCUCCUCUCCUCCUCCUACAUUUUCCCCAUCAUCCACGGCCGCUUCACCUCAAUUUUCCUCGCCGCCGGCUUCCCGCCGUCGUCGCAGCUAUUCUCCAUUCUCAAUCUCAAGCUCUCCCAAACCCUACUCUCCUCCAUCUUCGUAUCCCCCUUCACCCUCUCCUUCCUCCUCCUCUCCAAAUCCUCUGUAAUCACCUCCCUCCAGAAAUUCAAUUCAAAUAAUUAUAGUAAUAAAAUAAUCACAAUCUUCAAUCGGCUGUUCGUCACGCAAAUCUGCAACUCGCUGGUGAUUCUCUCCGCCAACGCCACCUGCUUCUCUCUCCUCGUCAUCGCAUUCAACGUUUCCGAUCUCAUUCUAGGGCUUUCUUCUCACCCCAGAUUCGUCCUGCUGACGUCAGCAAUUGGCGCCGUCGUCUACUCCGUGGUGCUCGCGAAUGCGUGCGUUGUGUGCAAUUUGUCCUUGAUUUUAUCUGGAUUAUUGGAGAAGAAUAAUAAUAAUAAGAAGAAGAAGAAUUGCUGUGGGUUUAGCUCGAUUGUGGAUGCGUGUGUUGUUCUGAUGAGGGGGGGCGGCGGGGGUGGGGUGGCGCUGUCGUUGGCGGUGGCGAUGAAUAUGGGGAUGGCGGCCAUUGAAGCUCUGUUUCAGUACCGUGUUGUCAGAGCUUAUUAUUAUUAUUAUCGAGGAGAUGGUGGUGACGUGGCGGCGCUCGAUUGGCCGGUGGUUUUGGAGGCGGUGGUGAUUGCGUACAUGUACGGCGUGGUGGUUGUUCUUGAUACGAUUGUUGGUUUUGUGUUCUUGGAGAGCUGCGAAUUGGAUCGUUGCAGAGUAAUGGAAGUUUAGGAGAGAGAAGGAAAGUGUUUUGUAGUUUGUGCUGUAAAUUUUCUGCAGAUACACACAAACACACACACAGACACACACUAAAGUUGGUAAAAAUGUGAUGUUUAUAAUAGUGUUUUUUUCCGGGAAAAUUACGGUUUUCACCCAUUAAGUUUGCACCGAUUUUAUAUUUGGUCUCCUAUGUUCAUAAAAAAAUACAUUUACUCCC